CUUCCCCCCCCCCCCCCCCCUUUCCCCUUUCUCUCCUUUAAGCCCCCACCGGGCAGCACCGGCUCCGCCCGGGGAGGAGGGCAGCGGCGGGAGCGGCGGGAGGCGGCUCCAUCCCGGCCCCCGCCCGCCCGCCCCCGCCGCUCCCGCGCAGCCUCGCCGGGGGAGGCAGGAGCGCCGCGCCCGAGCCGCCCGCGGUGAAUAUGGCCCUGGCAGGGAAGCCUUUAGACGUGACUCUCAGCACCUCCAGAGCUGACCAGUGGAAUAUGGUUUUUCCCCAGAAAGACGAAAUCAUCACCAGCUUAGUGUCUGCCUUAGACUCCAUGUGCUCGGCGCUCUCCAAGCUGAACGCGGAGGUGGCCUGCAUCGCCGUCCACGAGGAGAGCGCCUUCGUGGUGGGCACCGAGAAGGGACGGGUCUUCCUCAGCGCCCGCAAGGAGCUGCAAGCUGACUUCCAGAAGUUUUGCAGAGUCCAGCAGAGGAAGGAGCAGGACACGGAGGCGCAGAAGAAGGCAAAGGAGUGCGGGCGAAGCGUGCUCAGGGUCUCCCCGGACCAGGGAUCAGACGUGUACCUCCUCAGGAAGAUGGUAGAGGAAGUGUUUGAUGUGCUUUAUAGUGAAGCUGUGGGGAAGAGCAGCGUGGUCCCUUUGCCGUACGAGAGGUUCCUGAAAGAGCCGGGCUCGCUGGCAGUGGCUGGCUUGCCUGAAGGGGUCAGCUUUAAGAAACCCAUGGAGUACGAUGUGAAGUCCCUGAUGGCCAUCUUAGAGCACAGCCACAGCAUCCGCUUCAGGCUAAAAAGGCCGGCAGAUGAGCCCAGCCGAGAGCCGAACCCCAGCGUCGAGCUGACUUGUACCUCCCUCACUUCCAAGGGUGGCCGGGACUCUGGUGCCAACGGCCCCAUGGCCAAACCCGCCGGCCAGGACACCCCCUCCGCCGUCGCCGUCACCAACUUCUUAUACGGCGUCUCGCUGCCGACCCAGAUCGCCGUCGACCUAAAGCAAGAGGUGUCCUCCGGCCUGCCCGGGCCGAACGCGGCUGGCGAGGCGCUGCUGCCCAGGCCCGCGGGAGAGCUGAAGGUGCCUUCCUCACAGGAGUACAGCGACUGCUGUGGACAGAAAUCAUCGGUCUCCGGAGGUCCCCUCAUCCAGAACGUGCACUCGUCCAAGCGUAUCCUAUUCUCCAUUGUCCACGACAAGACAGAUAAGUGGGACAGUUUUAUAAAAGAAACUGAAGAUAUCAACACCCUUAGGGAGUGCGUGCAAAUUCUGUUUAACAGCAGAUAUGCUGAAGCCUUGGGGUUAGACCACAUGGUCCCCGUCCCGUACCGGAAGAUUGCUUGCGACCCCGAGGCUGUAGAAAUCAUUGGCAUCCCAGACAAAAUACCCUUCAAAAGACCUUGUACCUACGGCGUCCCCAAACUCAAGCGGAUACUGGAGGAGAGGCACAACAUCCAUUUUGUCAUCAAAAGGAUGUUUGAUGAGAGAAUUUUUACAGGAAGCAAAUUUACCAAAGAUCCAACUAAGCUGGAGCCCUCCAGCCCCCCUGGGGAGAUCUCCCCUGAGCCGCACCGCGGGGCCGUGCUGGAUCUGGCAGGGACCUCUCAGGCCAACAGCAGGUCUGAGAAGUGUAGUGUUUCUGAAAGCUGUGAACCAGGUACCUCAGGAGAGCUGGGUGGGAUCAGGCAGAUCAAAAUCGAGCCGGACGAGCUGGACAUCAUCCAGAUCACUGUGCCAGACCGAUCGCCUGGUUCAGAUGAGAUGCACGACCCGGUGCCCACGCACAUGGCCUCGGAGGAGUCAAACUACAUCCUAGAAACGGUAGCAGGGACGGAGAAGGGGCCCAGCGAGGAGUCACGACAUGAAGAAAAGCAGAUGGAGGGAUCAGAUGGUAUAGGGGACGUUUUAAGUCAUUUGAGGAAACAAGUUGAAAUUUUGUUCAACACGAGAUAUGCGAAAGCCAUAGGAAUAUCAGAACCGGUCAAAGUUCCCUACUCCAAGUUCCUGAUGUACCCCGAGGACCUGUUUGUUGUGGGCUUGCCAGAGGGCAUCCUGCUGCGCCGCCCCAACUGCUUCGGGAUUGCCAAGCUGAAGAAGAUCCUGCAAGCGAGCAACAACAUCCAGUUUGUCAUUAAAAGACCAGAGCUGCUGGCAGAGGGUGUAAAGGAGCCGGCGUCGGACAGCCCGGCAGCCAAAGCCACCGGCGAGAGGGACUCGAGCGAGGCGCUGCUGGAGGACGCUGUGAAGAGACAGGGCUUCCAAGAAAAUUAUGAUGCCAGACUUUCCAGAAUAGACAUUGCUAACACGCUGCGGGAACAAGUCCAGGACCUGUUCAAUAAGAAAUACGGUGAGGCCUUGGGGAUUAAAUACCCCGUGCAAGUGCCAUACAAGCGGAUCAAGAGCAAUCCAGGGUCGGUGAUUAUAGAGGGGCUGCCCCCUGGGAUCCCCUUCAGGAAGCCUUGCACCUUCGGCUCACAGAACCUGGAGAGGAUAUUGGCCGUCGCCGAUAAAAUCAAGUUCACCGUGACGAGGCCUUUUCAAGGACUCAUCCCGAAACCCGCCCCUAGACGGAUAACAUCAUUGGAAAAAGCCUACGCUGCCUUGAAUGACGAGGAUGAUGCCAACAGGCUCGGAGAGAAGGUGAUUCUCCGAGAGCAAGUGAAAGAGCUUUUCAAUGAAAAAUACGGCGGAGCGCACGGCAGCCUGCUGCAGCACAGGUUUCAUCCCACUGCUUCACGGUACAGCCUGUCCCCGGGGACGUUCCCGUGUCUCGCUCCCGGCAGGUGGGACCGUGACCUUCUUGUUGGCAGCUCAUCCUUGGCGAGGGGAGGGGGGGGGGGGGAUGGAAAACCAGCAGGAUUCGUUCAGUCUGGUGUCAGGCUUUGAUGCGUUUUUAAGGUGUCCUGAGCUGCGACGUGCGCGCUGCGCGUGCCUGCCCUGCGCCAGGCUGCUGGCAGGCAGCCCCUGCCUGCUCUGCCUGCCGGGCUGGGAGCAAGGCUGCAGCCGCAGCCCGCCGGGGGAAAAGCUUGCUGGAGCCACGGCAGAAAAGGAGGUCGGGAGAUGGAAGAAGGUUUGAAAAUGCUGUUUGCAGGCUCCUGGUGCUGCUUAGCGAAUGCCUCCUUCCACCCGUCGCUGGGAAAAGACGCAGCAGGAGUAGCAGCCGGUCCCUGGCCGUGGCUGGUCCCCUCGCUGCCGCCGGGGCACAGCUUGAGUUAUUUCUCUGGGCGGUUAUUUCUCAACCUGUGACUCCCCAGGGCUGCGCAGCCAGGCCACGGCGGCUCGGUGGCACCCCACUGCCUCCGUGCGGCCUCACCUCCCUCCCCAGAGUAACUGCCAGAAGGGAAAGGAAAAUAGCCAGGAUGAGAGCAAAGCGGUGGGCAAUGUCAUUCCCCUCCUUUCUCAAGUCUCCCUUUGUCAAGGCUGCUCGCCCUUCCCACAAACCCUGUUUAUUUUGGGGUGCUGCUCGCGGCAUGGGCUGUGUGCUGCUUUGGGGGUGACUUUGCCCCGUUGGAGGUGCCAGCGUGCGGGCGCAGCUCCCAGGGAGGCUGGUGCCCAUGCUCUGAGCAUCCCCGUCCGCCCCGGCUCAGCAGCACUCCCCCCACUUUGGGGCUGAGCCCACAGCAGAUCCCUGCGUUCCCGUGGUCCUGGCACUGCUUAUGGAGCACAAGGUGCCAGGAGAUCUCCAGGGACGAACUCCCUGCAAGGAAAGCCAGAAAUGUGGCUGAGGGGCUGCUCCCACCUUCAGGUUUGGGGGCUGUAGAGACGUGAGGCAAAAGCAGGCUCUUACAGUCAGGACCAGCACAGGAGGAAGGGAUGUUCACUGCUCUCUGCCGUGCAAAAACUAAAGGGGUACCCAGAGAGGUGGGCAGCAGGUUUAAAUUGUGCAGAAGGAAACAUUUUUAAUGCAGCAAGGAAUUAAAUUGUGGUAUUUCACUGCCAUAGGAUGUUGUGGAGGCCAAAGGGAUAAAGUGAUUCAAAAAAUGAGCAGGAGUGCUGUGGUGUGAUGAUGAGCGAUGGAUGUGAUCUCCACCCCAGUGACCCCCAAACCUGCUGACAGCCGGAGGCAAGAGGAGACGGGCACAUCUCUCCCCUUUGCCCCCUCUCCUGGGCUGUCUCCCACGUGCUGCUGCUGGCCCAGCCAUGGGCUGGUGCAAGGGUAACACUGGGUGUGCUCUGCACAGAGGAGAGGCGGGUGUGCAAGUGCUGGUGCUGUGAAACAGGACUUGCCUGAGACUCCUGGCAGGAUCCUACAUGGAGACUAACGGAGGAGGCAAUAAAUUGGGCAGGCAGCCAUGAAACAGCUGGGUGGGACGUGGCUGCAAGCAAAGGUUGGGCAUCGCAGCAGCUGUGGCUUCCCAAAGUCCUCCCAGGGCUCUUGGUCCUUCGG